UCGCAUCAAAAGUCGGGCUUAUACUGUUUUGUGUGAUUGCUGUGGCCAGUCAAAGUGAUAUCCAAUCAGCGGAAAAGGGUGCCUGGAUGAUAACUCCGAACGAAACGCAUUGUGUGAUUGAAGCCGGUUCGGCUUUAACGAUCAUAUGCAGCGUGGCUUACGAAAAUGAUACGGAAGAUCAAUUAUACAAGAAUCCCAUUUGGAAAUGGGAAUUGCCGGAUUUCCUCACAAAAAAUUCACAACUAAUGAAAAUCAAUGCCCGCUUUCGUACGACGUUUGGCAAGAAUGGCACUUAUAUGUCAUCGACCAUGACAUUGAUAAACGUUACCCACCAAGACACGGGCUAUUACCAAUUCUUCUACGGGCACGUGGGAGUGAAACAAUAUAUCUAUGUUUUCGAUAACCGGAAUCUUGUCAUCAUCAAUGACAUGAGCCGUUACCCCAAUUACAAUCUAUACUUUUUCCACCAAGGCGAACUGGGUGUUCACAUCCCUUGCAAACCAACACAUCCCAACGUUAGCGUCUCUCUUAUUCACGUCGAUCAACUCAACAAAGAGCCUAGUUUCGAGGAUGUGUUAGCCGAUCCGUAUUCCAGUUGGUCGCUGGAACCAGAAGUCGGGCUGACACUAAAAAAAGUGAUGAUCAGUAACACUGGCAAUUACCGAUGUGUUGGAACAAUGGGUAAUAUCACUGAUGAGAAACAUUUCACAAUCAGCGUCAAAGGAAUUGAGCUUACCAGAAUGGGUAAACCUGAAGAUCCGCCGGAAGGAAGUAACGUCACCUUGAUCUGUCGCACACUUUUCGCUGAAAUAAAGUUCCCAUCGCCACCGGAAUGGGCCUAUGAAAUGAAAAAUACGGGAAGGAUGAGAAUCAUCAAUGAACUGAGUCCGCCAGAAGGCAUUCAAAUUAAGACGCACGAUUACAGUAAACAGAGAAAUACAGGCGGAUUCACUUUGAAUUAUUACGAGAGUCGGCUCGAUCUUUUUGAGGUCAAUCAAAAUACCUAUACAACUUUUCAAUGCAAAGCGAACAAGGAUAAAGACGCAGUAACUAAACUAAUUUCCUUUCAAAUCAAAGAUAAAACCAACAGCGAACCUGUAUCUAAUUUUGUCCUGUUUGAGAAAACCAUACAAACGACUACCCUUGUUACUUUGUCUGUUACUUUGGCAGCAUGUCUCGUACUUGGCCUAGGUAUCGGUGUCAAACUCUAUUUCGAAAAGAAGCAGCAAGUGUUCCCAGGAGUUAAGAAACUGCUGGCUGGAAACGUUAAGGAAAUCAACUGCCAGUUGCCCAUCGAAGAACAAACUGAACUGCUCCCCUACGACAAACAAUGGGAAUUUCCUAGAUAUCGAUUGAAACUGGGGGCGCAGCUAGGCGCUGGAUGUUUUGGUCGUGUCGUUCGGGCCGAAGCCAUGGGGAUUAAAGGCUCGGAGGGCACUAUUAAAACGGUGGCCGUCAAAAUGAUCCGAUCUCAUACCAACAUGGCCGCAAUGGAAGCCCUCGUCAGCGAAAUGAAGAUACUUAUUUACUUAGGAUCCCACCUAAACGUCGUCAGUUUACUAGGAGCCUGCACUAAGCAAAUGUCAAAAGGCGAACUCUUCAUAAUAGUUGAGUACUGUCGGUUUGGUAACUUGCAAAAUUACUUGACAAAACAUCGAAACAGUUUCAUCAACCUAGUAGAUGGUUUCGGCCACAUGAAAUCGGUUUCCGAUAAAAAGAAUGAAACACCGUAUGUGUCCGAGCACCAAACCGAAAGAAGCAGUCCGUGCGACAAAUUUCCGCCAGAUGGACGUUUGACAUCCGAACGGUCUGGUAAGACUAUGUAUCUAAGCAACUUGAACGUUUUAGAACGAUACAUUUCUACUUGCGAUUUAAUUUCCUGGUCUUUCCAAAUAGCUCAUGGAAUGGAAUAUUUGGUUAGCAAACAGGUUCUCCAUGGUGAUUUGGCGGCGCGAAAUGUUUUGCUAGCCGAUGAUGGGGUUGUCAAAUUGGCCGAUUUCGGGAUGGCUAAGAAAAUGUAUUAUGAAGGCAACUAUCAGAGAAAAGAGGGAUUAAUGCCGGUCAAAUGGAUGGCAAUUGAAUCGUUAACAGAUCGCAUUUUCUCGUCCGAAUCUGACGUAUGGUCGUACGGAGUUCUUCUAUGGGAACUCUUUACGCUAGGCAAAGUCCCGUAUCCAGGAAUGGACGCUGGUCACCAACUCAUUAAAGAAAUUCAGAAUGGGUACCGUAUGGAAAAACCAGAAUAUGCACCCAAUUUGUUUGGAGAAAUUAUGACCAAUUGUUGGAAUUCGGAUCCGAAAGCGAGACCCACUUUUAAUCAGCUGAAGGAGAUUAUCAGCCGUCACAUGACAGAUCUCACUUAUGGAGAAGGAUUGUGCUGGAGGGAAAACCUAACUCAAAUUUAAAACAACAUUAUUCCAGUUUAAAUCCUUUUUCUACAAAAAUUAUUUACUAAAAUGGGGUCACGAAUGUAAAUAUCACAGUUCGAUCUCUCGUAUACUCACGAGUUUUUAAGUCAAAGCACAGAGCCGAAAGAAAUUUGUGGUAAAUGCAUCCAUUAACCACCGCAUGAACAAAGCUUUCUUCACCUGUAAUUAGCUGCGGUAUCUCCUUUCCUGAUUCCUAAGACCAUGAACUGUUCUUCGCGCUUCAGCGGGGAAUGUGUACCUGCCUGUGCGCUACAUCUCGAUCACACUUAAUAAUGAAGUUUC